AUGAUUGUGAAGAAGAAUUUGCGAUUGAUCUUCAUAGUACUUUUAUCAAUUUUAGCCAAGGGUUUGUGUAGCGUGAACCAGUGCCCUAAUAUAAAAAAUCCUCUGGGAUCCAUAAGGAAAAGACGACAUCUUACAUUUCCAGACGGAAGUACUGUUUCUAUGACCACUUCAGUAGUCAAAACUUUUAUGACCCACGUUCCGUCAGGUUGGUUUAUGUCGGUUGAAGCCGAUGUUGUGUAUCAUCUACCCGAUGCGAAGGUCAUAUUGGCACAUAACAGAAAAAAACUUCAUCACAGACAGAAGCGAGAGUUUUGGGAGACUUUACAGGGAGCUUUAGAUUCACGCAACAUGAACGGUAAAGCUUGCGUUGUCAGAAGUAUUUGCGAAGCGAAAACCCAUUUAGCACCACCGGGGAAAUCUUUGGUUCAUGACAUCUUGAGAGCUGUAUUCACAGCACCCCUACACGAUGAGGAAUUCCACAAAGAAAUCGGCAUCGCGUACACGGAACUUUCGGAUCCUGAUAUCUGUAGUCAAAUCAAUGAUUGUACGUUCUCGUUUCUUGAUUUUGUACUUGAAUUAAAUAAAUUUAAAACUUAA